GUACUGAAGUACUGACACUUUCAAAGUUACCACCUGUCGCCAGCGAAAUUACAUUAAUAUUCGAAAGGUAUUCUAGAGUGCCCUGAAACGCUCUAGACAAGGUCUGGAAUAUUAUAGCCAAGUCCAUAUCCUCUUUUGAUUGAACUCUUGCAUGUAACCAACAAUCUAGCUUAUUUCCUCUUCACGAAAUCGUCUGACAUAGGAUCUUUCGCAACCGUGACAGACUUAGACCAAAGCGAAGUAUAUACCACCUUGACUCGCGAACCUUGAACUGGAUUCAAUGGACUACACAAUAUCGGAAGAGACCGCUAUUUUCAACGCUGGCCAUGAGGCCCAUGACCACAUGCACAUGCUGUUCUCAAAACGCAAGAAACAGGCUAUUCUCGCGCUUCUUUCUUCCUUUGCAUUCAUGCAUUUAACCAUAGCACAAGCAACCCGCUUAUGUAUGCCUGCAGUCGCGUCCGAUCUCAAUACUCAGCCAUCUCUCAUGGGACACUCGAUUGGCUUAUGGUUAUUUGCUGCGUGUCUCGGUGGUCUUACCGGUGGAGUGUAUUCAACGUUUUCUGGUAGAAGACCCGUUCAACUCGUUGGAGCCUCCCUCAUGUGCUUCGGAUCCAUCAGUACUGGCCUUUCUACUUCCGUCCCUGUGUACAUGGUUUCGCGGGCUAUCGAGGGGUUGGGUGCGGGUUCUGGGGCCUAUAUCGGGCCUGCUGUGAUUGGAGACAUCUACCAGCUCGAGAAGCGAGGAAGUGCCCUUGGUGUACUGCGAUCUGUGACCUUUAUCGGGAUGAUAUUGAUACUUCCAAUCGGAGGAUUGGUCACUGCAUACGCUUCUUGGCGCACCUUGCAGUUCUGUCUAGGUAUCAUGAGUGGCGUCAUCUUCAUCCUCAUGUUCCUAUAUUUCCCAGAGACCAGUCAUCCAAGUAUGAGAGGGAUUGAUCAGACACCUCCUUCGAAUAGACCAUCCAGAUUCAUGAUUAUCAAUCCCCUGAAACCACUGGUGCUUCUUCGCAGCCCGAAUGUUCUCGCCAUUUCGUUCAUAGUAUUUACGGCCUUCCUGGCAGAAUCUGUCCUGACAGUCCCUCUGGGAUGGACACUCGAUUCAAAAUUUGAUAUCACCAAUCCCGCCAUAAUUAGUGUCUGCUUUGUCUUGGUGGCUAUCGGCAACAUGUUUGGUACUUUGUUGUCUGGCAAAACGUCAGACAUAGUUGUUGUGCACUACAAAGCCCACCGGAACGGCAUCUGGUUGCCCGAAGAUAGGCUCCGCACUGCGCUACCCGCCACACUCAUUGGAGUCCCUUUUGCUGUGCUAGCCUUCGGGCUGGUGGCGGAGUACCUGCCUGGGAGUUUGGUUGGAUUGUCGCUGUGUCUUUCCUGUCUCUUUGUGAAUGGCAUUGUGACCGAGUUCGUUCUGAGCCCAUCUAUAGCCUACUUGACAGAUCUUCUGCGUGAGCAAAGUGCUGAAGCUGUUGCCGCUGCCAUCUCACUAAGCUUCCUUUUGCUCUCGGUCAGUGUAGGCUGGAUUAUACCAUCUAUAGAAAUGCUAGGGAUUGUGGGGGUAAAUACACUUGUAGCUAUCCUUGCAUUGGGCGGCCACGUUGUGCUCUGGUUCACUGUCAAAUACGGUGAUCGGAUGAGGACUUGGGUGGACAUGGAUUACUCCAUAUCGAAUAGAUGACGUCUGAGCGGCACCGUGGGCCACAUCACAUCAUACGAUGCUUGCAUGGCUCAAAUGGAUCCAAUUGACUGCUGGCAAUGUGUAAGCAUGCUAGCUUACCCAUAAUCAGUACAUAUACCGUCGCUGAUACUUUCAGUAUCUCACCUAUUGGUAUGAAAGCACAAAUUUUGUUCAUUAUGUCCCUGGACACUAGAGGAGCAGAUGGAUUGUGUAUAUCUAUCCUUCAUCCCAUUGAAUGCAUAAGUUCGAAGAUUUUGUCACCGCGGCACCACUACUUGAAAUAAUGCCAUUGAUUCAGAC